GGACUUUUCUUGUUUUUUGGUCUGUAGAAAAAGCAAGGACUAGGAGCAUCUUUAUUGCAAGUUGGUUUUCUUUUCUACUUUUUUGUUAAAAGGAAAAGCAAGCCAAGUCAAGAACCACUUGCAUUGCUUCCCCGCAACUUCCGCAUAAUGCUGCGAAUAUUACUCGUACAAUAACUCAGCAGCCCUUAAGCACUCAGCAAUCAGCAUUGUUUAAGCACGCACAGUAGAGUGUUGUGUGUUGGUAAUCCAACGUUGAAGGCUGAGGAUUGGGGGAGAUCACAGCAGUGGGUGGGUUGUUUUGUUUGAACACUCCUCAGCUCCGAGUUUGAGUCCCGCGAGACAUUUCUACUAUUCCCAGAUCUGGGAUUUCCAUAUUUCUCUCCUCCGUUUCCUGCUCCAUCAAUCUCUUUUACAAUCGUCUCGAGAUGAAAAGAAAAGAACCCACUCAUUCAGAAGAUCCAAUCUGCAGGGGGUCUUCCUCAUCGACCUCUCCACAUGUAGGUGAUUAUGAAGGCGAAACCAAAAGGCCAAAAGGAAAUUAUUACGAAGUGUUCUUGAGCUUCAGAGGGGAAGACACUCGCAAAGGCUUCACUGAUUAUCUCUAUACUAGCCUUGUCGAGGCAGGAAUUUACGUGUUUAGAGAUGACAAUGAGCUCCGUGUUGGUGAGGAAAUUGGUCUGGAGCUUAUUUGCAGCAUUAAGCAGUCCACGAUCUUGAUCCCGAUUAUCUCUGAGAACUAUGCUUUCAGCAAAUGGUGCCUUCGUGAGCUGGCUCUAAUGUUGAAGUGCAAGAGAACCAAAGGGCAAAUAGUGCUGCCCAUAUUUUACAAAGUGAAACCCUCACAAGUGCGCCAUCUUACAGGGAGAUUCGAAGAUGCUAUCAAGGCACAUAAAGAGAAUAGGGAUGAAAUGGUUUUGAAGGAUUGGAAAAGAGCGCUCAAAGAAGUGAAGGAAUGGGAAGAAGCGCUCAAAGAAGUCGGUUCUUUGAAAGGAUGGGAAUCAGAGAAAAUUGAUAACGGGCAUGAAGGAACAUUGGUUAAAAUUGUUGUCAGAAAAGUUAUGGGCGAGUUAAAAAGACUUUUUCAACUAAAUGUUCCCCAACAGUUGGUGGGAAUCGAUGAUCAUGUGCAACAGAUUAUGAGCAAGAUAGAUGAUGAAUUCAAUGGUACAAGGAUUAUUGGAAUUUACGGAAUGGGCGGCAUCGGUAAGACAACUCUUGCAAAGGUGUUGUACAACAAGCUCUCUAGUCAUUUUGACUAUCGUAGCUUCGUGGCAAAUAUCCGAGAAACAUCUCAGCGUAAGGGUAUUGAAUGCAUACAAAAGCAACUCAUUUCUGCCAUAAUAGGAAGUUCGUGUGAUGUGUCUAAUGUCGACGAAGGAGUCAGUGUCAUCAAAUCUCGAUUUAUGAGUAAGAAAAUCCUCGUUCUUCUGGAUGAUAUGGAUGAUAGUACUCAUUCAAAUGCUUUAGUUGGGGAUGGAAGUUGGUUUGAAGCGGGAAGUAUAGUCAUCAUCACAACUAGAAACAAAAGCAUUCUCGAUGAAGUUAGGGCGGGCUACAUGUACAAACUCAACGAGUUGUCUUUAGAUCAAUCAUUGAUUUUAUUUACAAGACAUGCAUUUCGAAAGGAUUCUCCUUCGAAUGAUUAUGAGGUUAUCUCUCGUGAUGUCGUAUCUACUACCGGGGGGCUUCCAUUAGCUCUUGAAGUUAUAGGUUCAUUCUUAUGUGGAAAGAGAGAAGAAGUAUGGAGAGAUACAUUAAAGAAAUUAAAGAAAGUGCCCGAUAAGAAAGUGCAAGAGAAGUUGAAAAUAAGUUAUGAAGCAUUAGAUGAUGAGGAGCAACAAAUAUUUUUGGAUAUUGCAUGCUUUUUCAAUGGAUCACAUAAACAAAAUCCAACUUACAUGUGGGACGCCAGCAGUUUUCUCCCAGGUAGGGGGCUUGAAGUAUUGAGUCUUAUGUCCCUAAUUAAAAUUGACAAAUACGGCAAGCUAACGAUACAUGAUCAAUUGAGAGAUCUUGGAAGGGAAAUUGUUCGUCUAGAAAAUCCAAAGGAGCCUCAAGAGCGUAGCAGAUUGUGGAUCAAUGAGGAAGCCGUAGAUGUGAUUAACGGAAACAAGGGCACUAGAAAGAUUGAGGCACUUUCUCUUGGCGAAGGUGGUAAGGAAAGAAUAUACACAGCCGAACAAUUUAAACAAAUGACCAACUUGAGGUUCCUUCUAGUGGAUGGUAUGAAUUUCGCCGGAGAUUUCCAAAGCUUACUUCCUAAAUUAAGAUGGCUUCAGUGGGCGGGUUGUCCCUCGGAUUUUAUUGCGACCAACUUUCAUCCGAAUAAAUUAGUUGUACUCGAUUUGUCAAACAGUGCAAUUUCGAAGGAUUGGGGAGGAUGGGUUCAACUCAAGAUGGCAACCGAGCUCAAAGUUCUCAACCUCGGGAAUUGUUUAUCUUUGAGAAGAACUCCCGACUUGACUUCUUUCAUAAGCUUGGAGAUUUUGAUUCUUGAAUGUUGUGUGAAUCUGGAAGAGAUUCAUCCUUCUAUUGGGAACAUCAAAACCCUCGUUUCCUUGGAUGUCUCUUAUUGUAAAAGACUCAAGAAGCUACCAGCAGGAAUAGGUAGAAUGGUAAAAUUGAGGGAGCUUCGCAUAAAAGGCACUGAUAUACAAGAGAUUCCUAUUUCGAGAGGUUGUUUGACGGAGCUGGAGACUCUAUGUGUCGGAUGUUGUAAACGACUUUCUCAACUUCCUAAAUCCGUGGACUCCCUUGUCUCAUUAACUCUAUUGGACUUAUCUGAUUCAGCAAUUGAAGAAUUACCUGAAUCCAUUGGUUCCAUGAAGAAGCUCGAGACUUUGAAUGCCUCUGAAUGUAGACUGUUAGCUCGCAUACCCAGCUCCAUAGGCAAUCUAGCAUCCCUACAAAGCUUGUUCUUACGUGCCUGCUUCUCAUUGACAGAGAUCCCUGACUCGAUUGGAAAAUUGGCAUCAUUGACCGAGCUGGACUUAGGAUCCACAUCGAUUACGAAAUUACCUGAAAGCAUUGGGAAUAUGCCAAAUUUGAGGAUCUUGGACAUUAGUAAUUCUACCAUAAUGGAAUUGCCUGAUGCCAUCGGGAAGUUGGCAAAACUCCAAAGGUUGGGAGCUGGAGUAUGCAAAAAACUAGAACGACUUCCUAGUAAUAUAUGCGAAUUGGUUUCGCUAGAGGAGCUUUCUUUAGACUUUUCAGGCAUUUCAAACUUGCCAAAAAGCAUUUCUAAGCUUUCUUCUCUCCAAGAGCUCAGUGUUGAAUAUUGUGAAAAGCUUCGAGAAAUACCAGAACUGCCCUCUGGCUUAACAGAUCUAAGGAUCAUCUGCCAGAGUCCGCCGUUGCCCCAUCUUUCCCAGCUAACCCGUCUCACGAAACUCGAUCUUUCUAAUUGCCCCUGGCUUGAAUGUGUCCCAGAGCUUCCCAUUGGACUAUCGCAGCUUAAUAUUGUAGAUUUCAGAAAAUUGAAAGCGUUCACGAAUUUAUCAAACUUGAAGCACUUAUCAAAGUUGUUUCUCCAAUAUUGCUUUCAUCUCGCGGAAGUCACUGGUUUGGAAGGUUCACAUUGCCUAUCCAACUUACCGGCAAGGCAAUGCCCUAAGAUAUCUGGGGUCGAUGGAAUUGAAGAUUCUUCGAAGUUGAUGAGCCCAAAUGCAUCUCUGCUCGAUGGAUCGCUAGAUCUUUCCGAUUCAAAGAUUCUGCAGAGAAUGGAUGCCGCAGCAAGUUGUGCGAAUUCAGCUGAAAUCCAAGACCCUGGUGGAUCAAAAUCCUCUCAAGUGUCGGAUAUCCUUAAAUGCACGUCCGCCGGACGAUUGCUAGACUUUUCCAGUUUUAAAUACCUGAGAAGCCUUUAUGUUUGGAAUUGCUAUAGCGUAACUGAAAUUCAAGGCCUCGAUGGAUCAGAAUCCUUGAAAUAUUUGGAUAUUAGGCGGUGCUCUUCCCUUAGAUCAGUGGACCUCUCGAACAUAAAGAAUCUGCGGCGUUUUUAUUCUUGGAAUUGCGUAAAUUUAGUUGAAAUUCGAGGGCUCGAGGGAUUAGGACCCUUGCAAAUAUUCAGUAUUUCUGGAUGCCCGUCUCUUCGACAAUCACCGGACCUGUUGCGUUUAAAUGCGGUGGUGACGCGGUGGUGAAGGUGGUGAUGGGGGGAUCCGCUUGGAAGU